AUGCCAGGACAGUUUGGUUUCGUCGUCGUAGCUCUACUAACUAACGUCGUGGGUCAGUUAGAUGCGGAGACGAUUGUCGCCGAAAAGAGGGAUGAUGACUUCUAUUUCAACAUGCCCCGCGGUUACCACGAGUUCACCGUGGAGGUGGGACCUCUCCGAGAAGACUGUUUCUAUCAACACGUCGCCAAGGGAAUGGAUUUGUUUUUAUCUUUCGAGGUUCUUCGAGGUGGCGACUCAAAAAUAGACUUCAUCGUGAGGGAUCCGAACUUUCAAAUAUUAGAAAACGUGUAUCUCCAAAGUGACGGGUCCGUGCAUAAAAAAGCAGUGAUCGAAGGCGUCUAUAGCGUUUGUUUAGACAACACGUUUUCACGCUUUUCGUCCAAACUGGUGGUGGUGGUGUUGAUUGCGUCGAAAUACGAGGAUUGGGACCAGUACACCGCUAACAUAGAAGAACUCAAAGAAGUGGCCACGUUGUUAAAGACGUCGCUGGAAGGGGUGGAGUCGCUGAUCUCGGAGGUGAGACGUCACCAGAACCGCGCCAGCUCCAACGUGCUGCGCGACUGGUACCUCGUCACCGGCAACAACCGCUACGUCAGCUACUACUCCGUCACCCAGUGUGUCGUCAUCGUCAUCUCGGCGUGUAUCCAGAUCUACGUACUCAGACGAUUCUUUAGAACCGUGUCCGUGACACCCAGUUCAAAACCACGUGCUUAAUGGUUAACCUUAGGUCCACUAUAGUUCCUAAUUGUGACAUAUGUUGUGGUUCACAUAUUCAAUUCUAGGAAAUGGGGAAGAAUUAAAACA